GCUCUGGGGCAAGCGCAUCGCCAACCAGUUUUUGAAUGGAAGAGCAGCGCAAAGCCGCAAGCACACUUCCGACCGCCGCUGCCCACAAUGCCUCCGAGGCUACCAUUUGCGCAGGCGGCGCGAUGCUGCACUGCUGCGAUUGAGGCUCCUGCCCGGCAGACAACUAGCCUGAUCUCGCUGUUCGCGGCGCUCUCCUUGCAGACGGUGCAACCGCCGGCCCGGGCGCAGACGCGCAGCGCAUCGAUCCUCGCCAGCCUCUCCGACAACAAGGGCGCCUACCAGAAACGCAUCCGGCGAGGCCGCGGUCCCUCGUCCGGCUACGGCAAGACGGCCGGCCGCGGCCACAAGGGCCAGAAGCAGCAUGGCAAGGUCCGCCCGUGGUUCCAGGGCGGCCAGACACCGCUGAUCGUCAGCCACGGCCGCAUGGGCUUCAUAAACCACCGCGCGCCCGAGAUGCUCGAGCUGAACCUCGACCGCCUCCAAGACUGGAUCGACGCCGGCCGGAUCGACGCCACGAAGCAGAUCACGCCGCGCGAGAUCAUCAAAUCGGGCGUGGUGGGCCACAACAUCAAGGACGGGAUUAAGCUCCUCGCGCGCGGCGCAGACCGGCUGAAGACGCCGAUCGACAUCAUGGUGUCGCGGGCGUCCGCGGCGGCCAUCAAGGCGGUCGAGGCGGCCGGCGGCAAGAUCACGACGAGGUACUACACGAAGGAGGCCAUCCGGCGGCUGGUCAAGGGCGAGAGCAUCAACACGGACCGGCCGCUGCCCGUCGGGCCGGAGCACGUCGAGGGCGUGCUGGCGCAGGUGCGGGCGGCCGGGAAACACUACUACCGACUGCCGGACCCGACAAGCCGCGAGGACAUCGAGUACUACCGCGACCCGGCGCACCGCGGCUAUCUGAGCCACACGCUGAAGCCGGGCGAGUCGCCCAGUCUGUACUUCAAGGUGCCGGGGUCGGAGGAUGGCGAGAGCGAGCUCGAGGACAAGAAGAAGGUUGAGGGGCCCCCGAGGCUGUUUUAGAUGCCACUGCAGGUGGUUUAUCCAUGUAUUCUACGCUAAUUAGCAUGUACAAUCAAUUGCCUUGACAACUUUCAAGGUUCAGGAACCGGAAUUUGCUCCUUCAAAACUCUCGUUGCAGGUGUGGCUCGGCG